GUUUUCUUUUCACUUUUUUCUGAUGUUCCACUUGUUCCGUUCUCUAUGGGGAAGGAGGAGAUGAAGAAGAAGAAGGAGAAGAUGAUGAUGAUGACGGUGGAAGAAGAGAGAGAGAGAGAGAGAGAGAAGGUUAUCUUCCUGUUAUUGGUUAUAAAAGAUCACAAAACAUUUUCUUCAAUUCUCAAAUGUCCUCAGGUCAGAAAGAGAGAACAAAAAAGUUUCCUUUUCUCCUUCGACUGAUCAUUUUUAGCAUCGAAUCUUUUUUUUUGUUUAAAUAUUUUCUACUCUAAAUUUGUGGCGGUCAAACUUUCAUGAUGGUCAAGUGUUUAUCUUCAAUUGUCCAGUUGAUUUUAUUUGCUUGUUUCAUUUGGACUAUUGGUGCUACACCGAUGACAACAUUUUCUCCCGAUGAUGAGACUACGAUUGUUGAACAAAGUUCAGAUGAAUUUAGUUCCAAUAUUGAAGUUUGUGGAUCGCAAUUGAUUCAACGGACUCGUCGUGGUGGUCGAGUUGUUGGUGGACAGAAUUCAUAUCCGGGAGAAUUUCCUUGGACAGUUUCAAUACGAUUACCACAUAAACAUCAUUGCGGUGGAACGAUAAUUAACUCAGAGUGGAUUUUAACUGCUGCUCAUUGUGUCUUUAAUUAUGGUAAAGAUGAUUAUCGAGUUCGAUUGGGCUCAAUUCUAAAGGAUGACUUCGAGGAUGAAACUCUUAUUCUAAGGGUCAGUGAUGUGGUCAUUCAUGAUCACUACGCUGCUCCAAGACGAUACUCUCAUGAUAUCGCUCUGUUAAGGUUAGAGACUCCACUUAAUUUCACUGAUUACAUUUCACCGGUGUGUUUGCCCCCAGAGGAACCAACUGAACAGGACACCGAUAAGUACAAAGGCAUCAAGGCGACAGUUGUUGGUUGGGGUUGGACUUCAUUCAAACAGAAACCAGUGAUUAUUGGAUCUUAUCCUCAAGUGCUACAAAAAGUUGACCUCGGAGUGAUUCCUAACGUUGAGUGUAUGGGUUGGUUCAAAUCUCGGGGCAUCUCUUUGGCUCUUGAUGAGAAACAAUUCUGUGCCGGUUACAAAGAUGGCGGAAAAGACUCUUGCAGUGGUGAUUCUGGUGGUCCUUUGGUGGUUAAAAACUUGACCACUGGAAAGUUUCACAUAAUUGGAAUUGUAAGUGCGGGUGUUGCUUGUGCUGAGCCUCGAUUACCGGGUGUCUAUACAAGGGUCACAUCUUAUCUUGAUUGGAUUAAGCAAAUUACCUCAGUUAAUGAGUAAUUUUAUUAUCAAUUAACUUGAUUAAUUCCAUGUAAAUAACUACACUUGUAAAUAGUCAAAGAGAAUCGUUAAAUUUUCAAACAAGAAAUUAAAUUAUUGUAAAAACAGAUAAUCUUUUCGAUUAAUUAAAGUUUUAUUUUGGAA